GUUCAGCCGGCUCCUGAUCUGAUUCCUGAUCCCUGAUUCCCUGAUCCCCGAUCCCGCCAUGGGAGCCUGAAGAACCCCUCCUCCCCCCUCGACCCCCGCCCCCCGGGGCCCAGAGGGGGAAGAGGUUGCGGUCUGGGAUAGAGCUAGGGGGUGACCAGGACCCAGAGCCCCCCGCGACCCCCCUCCCUCACCCGCCCCCUUGCCAGCGCUGCCCGGGAGCGCGGAGUUCGCUCCGAGCGACCUGGAGCGCUGCGCUGCCAUACAAAGGCUCCGGCCGGGCCGGGGCGGAACUGAGCGGACCGGGGCAGCUCGGGAGCGGCGGAAGCCUGUUUGGUCUCCCUGAUUCAAGUCACUCCUCUCUCCAGUCCAUCCUCUGCCUAGCUACCAAAGUGAUUUUCCUAAAGUGCAGGAGUGCCGCUUAGUUUUCUCUGAGACGCGCCCACCCGCCCAGCAAAAUAGAGUCCCUCAGGGUGACAGUUGACUUCCUGAAGGUGCCUCUUGGCCUGAAGAAGCCAGAGCUGAAGGAAGUGGUCUUGGGGCCCCCAAAGAGGCCCCAGCCCACGGCCCUGGAGCGCUAUAAGGCAAGGCGCUCUGAGGCCAUGGACACCGAGUCCCAGUACUCCGGUUACUCCUACAAGUCUGGCCACUCCCGAAGCUCCCGGAAGCACAGGGACCGGCGGGACAGACACCGCUCCAAGAGUAGGGAUGGAAGCCGAGGAGACAAAUCAGUGACGAUACAGGCCCCUGGGGAGCCCCUGCUGGACAACGAGUCCACCAGAGGGGAUGAACGGGAUGAUAACUGGGGUGAGACAACAACGGUGGUGACAGGCACAUCAGAACACAGCAUCUCCCACGAUGACCUCACGCGCAUUGCCAAGGACAUGGAGGACAGUGUCCCUCUGGACUGCUCACGUCACCUGGGUGUAGUGGCUGGGGCCACUCUGGCGUUGCUCUCCUUCCUCACCCCGCUGGCCUUCCUUCUGCUGCCCCCGCUGCUGUGGCGGGACGAGCUGGAGCCAUGCGGGGCGGCCUGCGAGGGACUCUUCAUCUCAGUGGCCUUCAAGCUGCUCAUCCUGCUGCUGGGCAGCUGGGCCCUGUUCUUCCGCCGGCCCAAGGCCUCACUGCCCCGCGUGUUUGUGCUGCGCGCCUUGCUCAUGGUGCUCGUCUUUCUGCUCGUGGUCUCCUACUGGCUCUUCUAUGGGGUUAGGAUUUUGGAGGCGAGGGAGCGCAGCUACCAGGGUGUGGUGCAGUUUGCGGUUUCACUGGUAGAUGCCCUGCUCUUUGUGCACUACCUCGCCGUGGUCCUGCUGGAGUUGCGCCAGCUGCAGCCUCAGUUCACCCUCAAAGUUGUGCGCUCCACUGAUGGGGCCAGUCGCUUCUACAAUGUUGGCCACCUCAGCAUCCAGCGUGUGGCAGUGUGGAUCCUGGAGAAGUAUUACCAUGAUUUCCCCGUCUACAACCCUGCCCUCCUCAACCUGCCCAAGUCCGUCCUGGCCAAGAAAGUGUCCGGCUUCAAGGUGUACUCCCUCGGAGAGGAGAACAGCACUAACAACUCCACUGGGCAGUCUCGGGCAGUGAUUGCAGCAGCAGCUCGGCGGCGGGACAACAGCCACAAUGAAUAUUAUUAUGAAGAAGCGGAGCAUGAGCGGAGGGUGCGGAAGCGUAGAGCCAGACUGGUGGUAGCAGUGGAAGAGGCCUUCACACACAUCAAAAGGCUACAGGAAGAAGAGCAGAAGAACCCAAGGGAGGUGAUGGAUCCCAGAGAGGCAGCCCAAGCCAUUUUUGCCUCCAUGGCACGAGCCAUGCAGAAGUACCUUCGUACUACCAAGCAGCAGCCCUACCACACCAUGGAGAGCAUCCUGCAGCACCUGGAGUUCUGCAUCACCCACGACAUGACACCCAAGGCCUUUCUGGAGCGGUACCUGGCAGCUGGCCCCACCAUCCAGUACCACAAGGAACGCUGGCUGGCUAAACAGUGGACACUGCUGAGCGAAGAGCCAGUGACCAAUGGGCUCAAAGAUGGCAUUGUCUUCCUCCUCAAACGCCAGGACUUCAGCCUGGUGGUCAGCACCAAGAAGGUCCCAUUCUUCAAGCUGUCUGAGGAGUUUGUGGACCCUAAAUCGCACAAGUUUGUCAUGAGGCUGCAGUCUGAGACCUCUGUGUAAUUGUGCAACAGAAUGGGCAAGGUGGGGGUGGGGUGAGGGGCUAUGGGAGGCUCCUGGGGGCAGUGGGAGGGGGCUUGAAGCCCAGGCCUCAGCCAGUCCUGCUUCCUUCCUUUCUGCCUCCAACUCUGUUUUUUACUUGAAUUGCUAACUUACUCUCCAGUCCCAUUCUAUCUGCUCCCUCUCUUCCCUUCCCUGCCCCAUGUGAAUGGGGAAAGACCACCCUGAGGGUGGGGACAGCAAAUAGGGAGAUACCUAUUCUGGUUUUCCCAUUCUUUCCCACCUCCAGUCCUGUGGGAAUGGGUUCCUCUCCUCUCCUCUCUCCUCUCUUCUUCUCCUCUCCUCCCCUCCUUUCCAUUUCUCCAUGAAAGUCUCUGCUGAAAGGGGACGUGGCCCUUCUGUCCCCUUCUCUUUCUUCUCCACCCCUCUCCCCUUUGCUCCAUCUAGGUUAUUGUAGCAGUUCUCUCCAGCAGCCUCCUGGAAGUGCUUCUCCCAAGGGGUGAAGUCAUGAUCAUAGCAAACCAUGGUGCCAAAUGAUCCCAGGUCAGGGCUAGUCCUCUCUGGCAUGCAAAGGGAGGUGAGGCUGUUCUUCCUGCCCAUCUCACUAGGCCUAUCUCAGGAACUCUGAGUUUUGGGGGCAACCGGACUCUUGGGUCUGUGGCCUUUUUAAUUCCUGCACAAGCCACCAGGGUCAGGAGUCUCCCACAGAGAUUUUUUUUUUCUUGCUGCUGCUAUAGCCUCUUUCCUGUCUUCUGGUUAUGCUCUUUCUUUUAUAUUCCCUUCUCCUAAACACAUGCGCACACACACACACACACACACACACAUGCACACACACUCAUUUCCCAGAAGGGAAACUCAUUUCCCUUGAGCCUUUUCAGGGAGAAUUCUAACUUUUCUUUCCCCUUUCCUGAUCUGUUCACUCAUAUGAGAUUGCAAAAACACUGGGGAAUGUGGUCCCUUUGACCACUUCCCCUGGGGCAUGGAAAACACUCCUCCUCUCCUCUCCAUCAUUCUCAUUUGCCUUUCCUUCCCUAAUUCCCUACCCUAACUCUUUGCUGCAGGAUGGAUUUUCUUCCUAAUCCUGCCUUUACUGGUAGGCCCAGAGGGGAAGGGAAGACCCAUGGGAAGCAUUGUGGUCCAGUGGAAAGAGGGGUGAAUUUGGAGCCAGAGGACCUGGGUUUAAAUCCUAGCUCUGCCACUUAUCUGUGGCCAUGGGUAAGUGGCUUUCACCUCUCUGGGCCUCAAUGUUCUCACCUGUAAAAUGACAGUUGGACCAGAAUGUGUCUCAUAGCUCUAUAUCUAUGAUUCUGUGAUACGUGGAGUUUUGGAAUAGACCCCUGUGAAAGUCAACAAAUCCAGUCCCUUCUGUUCUUUUUACCUUGGUAUAGGUCUUUCCAUUGUCAAACAGGUGAUGUGACUGAAAGGAGUGAGCUGCUGAGUGUCUCCUUUCUUCCUCUAUGAUAACACCCUCAGGCAUUUCUUCCUUUGGCAGACGUACUACUUCUGUAUGUUAGGGAGGGCCCCCAUUGCUUCUUCUCUUCUUCCUUUAAGUGAAGGUCUUUUCCUGGGAGACCUCAUCACUUCAGUGCUCUGGGGGCCCUGUUUUGUUUUCUGAUCUCUGUACUGGGGUCAGGAGCCUGAGCCCCUGCCAUUUGAGAUCACACAGUCCCUUGCCUCACCUCAGCUUCCAGAUGUUUCUGACAGGCUUGAACACUUAAAGCAAAUGUGAGCAAAAUUCUCCUUCCUCCUAUCUUCUGUAUUUUCAAUGUAAACUUGUCUGGGUACUUCCAAGUACUGGUCUUUUAGCCAAGGGGAAAUGGGAAUUUGAAGCAUCAACACCGCCUGCCACUCCUAACCCCUAUCCUUCCAUUCACAUCCAACCUGUAUAUCAGUGUAGCUCCAACAGCUAGGUUGGGGUCCACACCCUAGUUGGUGUGCCAAAGGUCCCAUAGCCCCCAUUUUGGUCCCUCUUCUUCCCUGCAUCAUUUAUUGCUUUCCCUUUAUGUGCAGCUGCCUGGAAAAUUCAGAGACAGGGCACCCUCUGGUUCAUCCCCAUGGAGACCUUCUACCUUUAAAAUAGAUACCUUGAAGGUGACUCUGGGCUCUAAAGCUUGCUUACCUUGCUAGAGGAGGCAGAGCCAUAGCCACACUUAUCUAACAGAGUCUUUCUGUCUAGUGCCGAUCUUGUACUUGUACCUCGAACCCUUCCCUUCUCCUUUGGAAAUCCUCAGGGAAGUAUGGGGGUUCCCUCUCUCUAGGCCCCAGUUAUACCUGGUGGUUGCAACUUUGACUUUUCCUGGACUGCAAGUUCCCUGGGUUAAACCCAGGUAGUUUUGAGGCACUGCUAGAGGGUUGAAGUGCAGGCACUUUUCUGGACUCGUCUCUGUUUCUGUCUACAAAAUUUAAUGUGGGAGGGGUCUCUCCUGGUCAUAUGUCUAAAUAACUCUGUUUCCUAGAAAGGAGUCUUCGAUGGAUAGUGGAUAACUGCCUUUGUGGAAAGGGUAUUGGGAGCAGGACCGGACUUUGAGGUUGUAAGGGGAAAGGUAUUUGGGACCCUCAUUGCUUUCCUUUAUUAUGGGCAGUGGAUGUUUCUUUUAAAGGACCUGCCAUGUUUUUAAUCACUGUGAUUUUUUCAUUCCUUUCUUUAAAAAAAAAAGAACAAAAAACUAACAAAAAAAGCCACCCUCAUUUUUUUUUCUGUCUCUUAAGCACUAAGGGCUGUGAUUGAGAAUGGCAAUGCUUUGGACCCUCUGUGUCACAACUGUGGUAUCUUUUUUCUUUUUCUUUAAAAAAAAUCAGGAUGAAUUGUGAAAUGUAUGUAUGUAUGUAUGUAUGUUUCUUGUCUAUCUCUCCUCUGUGGGAAGUAGUCUUGAGACUGUGACCAGUAGUGGGAUGUGAAAUUAACACUCUUCCUAGGAGUGAGCUCCUUCUCUCUCUCUCUCUCUCCCCAUUUCUCUCUCUUUCCAUUUCUCUCUCCCUCCCUCCCUCUCUCUCCCUCUCUUCUGUAAUUCCCUUUCUCUUUCUUCUUAUGGGAGCUUCUGUGUACUGUCAUCUUUUGGGGAGGUACAGGGUAUGUCCUUCUAUUGUCUCCAUCUGACCUUAUCCUAUCCAUUAACUAUUCAUUUUAGUUUUCUUGACAUGCCUAACCCAGCCUUCCCACCCUAGGGUCACUGUGCCUCAAGCCUUCACCUACCUCACCAUUCUGCCUCUGUCCUCAUUGACUCCUCUCUGCUAUGCUCACUUCUAUGUCAUCUGCCUUCAUUUCCUGCUAAAGUGUUACCUUCCUUCUUGUCACCCUUCAUCCUGUCCUUAAAUUCUUUUCUGACAUCCCCAUUGGAACUCCUGGGCUGUCCCUUUUUUUGUUAGAAAAGAUGAGGUGAAACAAAUGGACCCUUAGAGACCCUCAGCUGGGCCAUCUAUUUUUGCGGGCUUAUGCUUUCUUCUCUGUUGGGCCCACAUAGGCUCCCCUGUCUCUGUGUGAUGUCUUGUCCGUCAGUUUGUCUUUCUUCUCUUUCCUGUGCCCACCCCCUAGGGCAGUAUCUGCUGAUGGAUUCAGUCCUGGGUGUGGGACUGGUGUUCUUCUAUGCGCAGAAGGAAGGGGGAGGCAGGGGGACUAAUUAGGUCCCUUCCAAGUGAGAUUGUAAAUGUAGAAUUUUCCAUUCAAUUCUAGAAUUUUUUUUUACAGAGCUGAGACCUUGUGCAUGCAUGUAGAAAAUUGUAAAAUGUAAAAAUUGUUUUUUUUAAUAUAUAAAAAAGCUUGUUUUUACAGUUUGCAGUGGAUCUAAGCAUUAUGGCAAAUUUAGGGAUUUUUUUCCUUAAAACAUAGGAACUAAAACUGUACAAAUUUUUUUUUAUAUAAAAUAAACACAUUUGACUUUUUUGGGGUGGUAUCUGAUUGUUUUAUCACUGGGGUAAGGAAAGAGCUGUGAAGUCAGCCCUGGAAGGUCUGGAUUUCUCACAGUUCUGCAGCCAGAAAGACCUAAGUAGUUGAUCGGAUUAUAAGAAAGGAUCAGCAGGGGGCAAUGUAAGCUUAGCUUAAGCUGCUAGUUUUGAGGGUGAAAUGGAAAGGAAAUCUGGCAGUGGGUAGAAGGAUUUGAAGGAAACUAUAGGAUGGGCCAUGCUGCUUAGAGGAUCCUAGCACUGUAGGCAUAGAACUGGAAGGAACCUUAGCGA